CAAACAGAGAAGGUUGGAGGUCUUUGUCAGUGACUCACGAUCUUGUUUUUAAAUAUAUCAGUUCCGUUCUGGGGAAAAGUUACGACGCACAAGAGCGAAACACCUGUCGGCUGCUCGUGUGCACACCUGGCGAGGCAGGUGAUCGCGCCGUGGCCCGACGCCCUUCGCUCGCCAGUAUCGUCCCGGACGCAGCACUCUCGCGACUCACCCUUGAAGGAGCGGCCGGUUUCGUGGUUUUCAGAAAACGCAAAGAAAACAUCGAGAGAAAGACACAAAGGAGAGAGGAAGCGACGCGGUAGAUGUUCCUUUGCGGAGACAGAAUCCCGUUCCAGCGAAGAAAAGGCAAGAGGCAGUGAAUCCCUUCCAAAGGCCAACAAGACGCACACUCGGAAGGCACAGCGGAAGCACCAACAAAGGGAUGGCGACGAUGGUGGAGAGCCCCGCCUCGCAUCCUGCCGCCUCGCCGCUGCAGAAGACGGAGGAGGAGGCAGAGGCGGCGAUGGCCCAGCAGCAAGAGCAGGAGGCGGGGGAGGAGGGCGAGGGCGGCCGAGACGUGGUCCCGCCCUCCUUCCACCUCCUGGCCGACGACUGGAAUCAGUACUUCGUCGAGGUGGGCGACUGGCUCGUCAGCGCCACGGAGGGAGCCGACAGCAACCCCCCCAGCGAAGCCGAAGAGGAACCCGAGGCUAAGGCUGGAUUUGCUUCCGCUGUGGACACUGCCUUCACCGAUGUAUCCAAGGCCAUCGAAGCUGCUGCUGGCUUUGGGCGGAGUUUAGAGUCGCGGAUGGUGACCGGAUGGCAGCAGAUGGCGGAAGGAGGCCUGAGCUUCAACCUGUCGGCGGUGCAGGGGAAGGCCUCCGCGGGCGCCAAGACGGUGGGCUCGUUCUUCUCGUCCGCGUUCAGCAAGGCCGGCGCCAGCGUCAAGGAAGCCAGCAGCAAGAUCAAGGAGAGCGUCGAGAAAAACACGUUGCUGAGUGAGUUCAACAAGGAGCAGGAGGCGUUCAUCAAGGCCAAGGGCGGCAAGGGCGGCGAGGCGCUGCCCCCAUGGGUGGGCUAUCCCGACGAGGAGGGCCUCAAGGAGGAGAUCCUGGCUCUGUCCACCGACCGUCGCAACUUUGUGCGCAGCCCUCCUACUGGUGUGAGCUUUGAGUUUGAGCUGGAGGCCUUCCUGCCUGUUGCCCAGGCUACUCUCGCUGCUGACCCCAACCUGGAGAAGAUGCGCUUUGAGUUGGUGCCCAAGACCAUCAACGAAGAAACCUUCUGGAGGAACUACUUCUACCGUGUGGGUCUCAUCAGGCAGAGUACAGAGCUCUCUUCGCUGGAGAGGGAAGGAGUUGAUGCAGCUAACAAGACCACAGCCGAUGGAGAGAGGGGUUCAAAGGGUAAGGAUGAUGACGUAGACCACCCUGAUAGUCCCAGUCACGGAGGAGAGAGCGAGUUUGUCUCAGACUCCUUCCAGCCAUCUUCGAAGGAUCUGGAGGAGGUCAAGCGAGGGAUUUCCAACCUUACCAAACCCUCCGAUCGACCAAUCUACCGGUCCACUUGUUAUAGCUUUUCUGAUGAUGGUGAUGAUGAUGAAGAGGAGGACUGGGAGAAGGAACUCCGGGAUGAACUAGGGGCGGAGCUGGGCGAGUACGAAGUGGUUGGCGGCGGAGGAAAGGACAACGAAAAGUGGGAAGAGGAGAUUCAGAACAUGAUUGACGACGAGGACUCCAGUGACCUGCGAUAAUCUCCAACCGAAAUCUCCUAAUGAUUUGUUUUUUUAUAUUCUGUGACCUAGACUUUGUAAGGGUGUGUUGAUACUUGGAAGAGAAGACUAAGUCAGCAGGAACGUUUGUGAUCCAUUUAGUACACUGCAGGAUGACAUGAUUUUUUACCAUGAAAACCGGAGACUUAGCUUUAGUUACCAUCAGUCAGUUGUAUCUUUCAUGAGAAAACACUAUUGCAGGUCAGUAUACACACACAUACACAUAAUAUGAUAUUAAUAUAUACACACAUAUAUAUAUAGCUCCACCAUUUACAAAUGUAUAGAAUAUUUAAUAUUUAAGAAAAAAAAAUGUUUAUGAAAAUACUUACUUCAGUGCUGUUAUCUUGAGCUGUAUCAUGUCUCAUAAGAAGAGGAUUUGCCUUGUGAUUAUAAAAGGGACAGCAACCUUUCCAGAAUGUAUUUUAUUCUUGCCAGUGUAUAAGAAAAUUUUAGUUGCCAGUUUUUAACUUUUUAUCUCCUGAUCCUUCACUGAACCAUAAGACAGAUACAGCAUUUUCUACCGCCAUCUAUGCCUACACCUCUCCCUCUCGUGACACAAUCUGGUAUUACCACAAAACAUCCGUUUGAGAUCACCCUUUACCCUGGAAAAAGGUAUAUUUUCACAACAGAGAGUGUCAGCAACACUAUCAAAGAGUGGGACCCUCUCCAUAAGACUUGUGUUCCCCAAAAAGUAGAAUCAGUAAAUGGGGCUUUGACAGCAGCUAGGGAUCCCGAUACCUCCUCUGUCUCGCUGGUUUAAUGCAGAGCCAGACGGCCAGCACACACAGCACCCAUGAGCACGAAUGUCCAGGUGGUGUGGCUCUGUCAACACUGGACCUAAAAACCAGAGAGAUGGAGGGCAAGGUAACGGAAGAAGUUGCAUGCCAUUCGUUGAUGAUUAGACGGGGGAUAAAAAAAAAGCAAGGGAAUAGCCAGUCAGUAGACUUUCAAAUGGAUCAGAUUUAUGUGGGCUUUUAGAGGAAGCUGUCUGUAGUGUGGAGAUGAUUUACUAGUUUUGAGUUUGAGAUACAUAUAGAUAAAGAUACUGUAUGAGAAAAGUGAGUUGAAGGACUGCAGUAUUGACCAACAUUUAAAGUGGUUAUCUUGUCAUGACUUAGAUUUUCUUUGAGAUGUUUAAUACUUGUAAAAAGAUCAACCAGACAUGGAUAGAGAAUCCAGUAAAACCUGUGAAGGGAAAUGCAAGAAACGUAUACUUACAUUUCCACAUCAUGACGUCCACUCAUCACUAACCACAGGGUGUUGUGGCCAGAGAUUUCUAUGUAGAUGGCAUACAAUAGAGAAAUUUUCGUUUUCUGCUUAGUAAAUUUGUCUUUCAUUGCAAUAAUAUGAACAGGUGUCUGCUUCCAUCAUUCAUAAAAUGUUUCCGAUCACUUUAAUAAUAUUCACAUUUGUAAUUAUGUGUCAUAUAGGGUAAAUAAUCAGUUUUCAACUUGAUGCAAAUAGAUGUGUGACAUUUUACACAAAUAUGAAUAUGAAUCCAUUUAAAGCGUUUAUUAUUAAUGAGAUACCUUGACAGUGUCUAGAGACGUUAGUAACAGUGGUUGCAACCUCGAUAUUUGAAGCACGUAACAUGAGACAGUCACAUUCGAAGUGACUUUAUCCGUAGACGAGAGAGAGGAUAUCACAAGAUACCGUAGGAUCCAGAUGUACAAGAGUGAGUUAGUAUUGUGCAAAAUAACAAUGACGAUGAUUAAGAACUAAACCAUAACAACAAAAACAAGAACAUAGAUAAAAAUGCCAACAUAGAUAUAAUGUAGUGAGUCACAGAUAACACCACUUUCAGUGUGCAUAAACUUGCCAGAUUUUUAUUAUCAUUAUUAUUAUUAAUAUUAUAAUUAUUAUUAUUACAUUUGAGUUUUAAUUUCUUUUCUAUGUGUUGACUGGGGUUGCUUGUGUCCCGCAUAAUCCCUCCUUCAAGUACAGAUACCAUUCAUUGCAGUUUCACUCUCCUGGAGAUUCGCUCUCUAAUGUAGAGGUGGCCCUGGAAACAGACAGCCAAGAAAUUUAACCACGUAACGGCCAUAAACACACACACACCAGUUCCCGUGUGAUUAGGGUCAGUCCACAAAGCCAGUCAUCUUGCACAUUGUUUUGUGGAGAUUAUGUAGCCAGUUUGUUCCAUAGUUUGUUUUAUGGAGGAAGAAUGCUUAACAGGAAGAGUAGGAAAAAAAAAUAAUAAUGUAAAAAAAAAGAGCACUAAUAAUGAUUAUGAUUAUAACUUAUGGUGGAUUUCAUUAGAAAUUUUGUGUUGUAGUAUUUAAGGUAUUUGAUUCUUGAAAGUUUAAUGCAUUCUUAAUACAGUAGUUGGAUUUAUAUCAAAGUAUAAAAAUGUAUAUCUAAGCUUUGUUUUUAUGAUUGAAUCUUCUGAAAUAUGUUACAGGCAUCUGCAUUACAUGCUUCCAGUCUUUUGACUUUUUUCUUAUCAUUACUUCCAGUCUUUUUACUUUUUAUUAUCAUUAUUUACUUUUUGUAUUAGAUUUUAUUAUUUAAGGGAUUUGUGCAUUUUCUGUACUUUAUAUAUAUACACUUUACUUCUUUGUAAUAUGUUUGGAAUCUUAUGAUUAUGAUUGUGGAUUUCUGUCUCUGUUCAUCUAUUAUCUUGGUAAAUCCCAGCAGCUCUCCUUCAGGGUGAAUGAUAGACAGAUGUAUGUGAGCGAAUGAGUCAGAAAGUUCCAUCCCGUGACUGUUGGAACUUAAAGUAACAACAAAAACAAGAACAAGAAGAACAUCAACAUUAGAUGGGCAUAAAAGCUCUCUAUGUAGUAACACUGGACCAAUGGUCGUUCUCGAGGGUCUCAGGUCGGGUAGUCAGCACACGUCAAAGUACCUCGUCUGUUAUAUAGUACAUAAAUAAAUAUAGGCUUUUGCUUGACAUGAAAUGAAAUAUAUGCUUCCUUGGGAUAAUGUGGGCACGGACAACUUUGAAUAAUCUUUGUAAACAAUACCUGGACACUGGGACCUUCAUCAGCUUCCUCACAUCAUUGCUGGUUGCGUAAUAUAAUGGUUAAAUUUAAGUACGGUGGCUCCUUAGCUGCUCCUCUCCUUCCAGGAUACAGAGGAAACACUAAAGGCUACACAAUGUAUUGUCACUGUUCGAUGUAACACUGCUGUGUAUGUGGCAUGUUGAACUGUAGACAGUGAACCAAUUUACUGUAGUUCUCAUAUCAGUAUAUCUAUAUAACAUUCCAUGUGAGUGCUUUUCAAGUUCAAUAUACCAGAUAUUAAUAUACUGUAUGAUACUCUUGGAAAGAAGCUUUACAUCAAUAUUAUGCUUUCAGGCAAUGGAUAAAAAAAAACUUUCAAAGUGCAUAUUCUUGUAUUUGAAGAUCAACAACAAUAUUUAUAUAAACCUCUUCUAUAUACAGUAUAACAGUUUUUCCAGCAUAAAAUGGUCUGUACUGAAGCAUCCAAUGUCGUUUAGCAAGUCACCAAGAUGUGAAGAAGCUGAGAGUGACCUGCACCUCAACUGGUAGACCACACUUGCCUGUACUCUUGUGACAGACAGGUUGACAGGAUGCACCUGCUUGUGCUCUGUGCUGGACUGACAGACUGCAUUUGCUUGUGCCUUGUGCCAGGCCAGAAGGUGCCCAAUCAAGUAGCUAGAAGGAUGUCGUGCGAUGGUUUGUUUGUAUGUAUGUUUGUUCAUUGUUUGGCAGUUGUCUUCUGCCAUGUGAUGUAGAAAUGUUGUCCCUUACUAUGUUAUACUAUGGUACCUGUGCCCAGUAAAAUGGAUUAAGUA